AUCAGCAGCGCGCAGGGCGGACGCGGGGCGGAGCCUGCUGUUGCCCCAGCAACAACCGGGGCUCCCGAGGAGAGCGCGGCCGCGGAGGCGUCUACCUCAGGGCUCCCUCCGCGCGGAAGGGCCCGGGUGAGGCGAGAGCGUGUCGCGGCCGGCGCCUGCGAAGAGGAAGCGGCCGGCCGGGCCCACGGACCGCCGUCCCCGCGGCGGACUUCGUUUUAACGGCCGGGUACGCGGAGAGCCAUGGCUGAAGUGCACGUGAUCGGGCAGAUCCUAGGGGCCACCGGUUUCCCUGAAAGCAGCCUUUUCUGCAAGUGGGGCGUUCACACAGGGGCUGCAUGGAAGCUCCUGUCGGGUGUCCGGGAAGGCCAAACACAAGUAGACACACCCCAGAUAGGCGACAUGGCUUACUGGUCCCACCCUAUUGACCUGCACUUCGCUACCAAAGGUCUCCAAGGAUGGCAGCUCCAGGGGCAGGAAUUUUUGUCUGCUGUGUUCACUGCUGUGUCCCCAGCUUCUUGGAGACGGGCCGCAUCUCCAAGCACGGCUGGCCUCGACUCCAUCUCCAGGUGUGGUCCCAGGACAGCUUUGGCCGAUGCCAGCUUGCUGGCUAUGGCUUUUGCCACGUGCCUAGCAGCCCAGGCACUCACCAGCUGGACUGCCCUACGUGGAGGCCCCUGGGCAGCUGGCGGGAGCAGCUGGCGCGGGCCUUCGUGGGCGGCGGGCCGCAGCUGCUGCACGCGGACACCAUCUACAGCGGCGCCGACCGCUACCGGCUGCACACGGCCGCCGGUGGCACCGUGCACCUUGCUAUCGGCCUGCUGCUGCGUCACUUUGAUCGCUAUGGUGUGGAGUGUUGAGGGACUUCGCUGCCACGAACCCCCAUCACCCUCAGCCUGGGCACUCUGAGCACAGGAUGGCACUGCAGUCACAACGUGGACUCUGGAGACUGUCAGUCCUGACCUCACCCAAGUCGUGACCCCUUGUCCUGCCUAGGACCGCAAGGCCUACUCCCUGAGGCCCGUGCUCCACGGCACUGCCGGGUCGUAGGCCUGUGGGUUACAGGGACUCGGGAGGAAGCGGCUGUUUGGCGUGUGGGGUCACUUAAUAAAAGCGGGCAUGUCGGAUGGGCGUGCAGAUUCCUUGUA